CCGGGGCCGCCGCCUUCCUUAGCGGCACCUGUCCGUGGCCGCGUUACCUCUCUUCCCCGCCCCACCUGGGCGAGUCGAUCUGGCUCCCCGCGCUUCUCAAGCUCCAGCAGGUGCCACUUCUGAGCAGCAGCAGCAGCAACGCCUGGUCGCGCCGCGCCUCCAAAAACGCAACCUCCCCCCUCCGCUCGCACCCCCGGGCCGCAAAACCGGGCGGGCGGGCGGGCGAGGGAGGGAGGCGCCUGGCGCCGCACCUCCAAACUCCGCCACGAGCGCCAUCGGCUGCCGCCCUACCCGCAGGACUGUCCGGCUGAGUUCCCGCGGCUGCCUCGCUCCGAUGGAGAACUGAGGAGGAGGCGGGAAAAACAACGUGCCCUUCCUUCCCGGUGGCGGCGGCGGCAGCAGGAUGCCCGGCGCCUGCCCCUCGCCAUGAGCCCGGCCCGCUUCCCUCCGCCUCUCUGCCCAGCCCAGCCCUGCCCAGCCGGCAGUCGCGGGGGGCGGGCGGAGAGGCUCGGAGCGCCCAGGGAGGCGGCGGCGGCGGGCUCAGGUAGCCGAGGAGGAGGAGGAGGAACAGGCUGGCGGCGGCAGUCGGCGGAGGACGCGGUCGUCGCAGCAGCCGGGCCCCGAUGGGCGAGCUGGAGGCAGGGGAGGAGGCGCUCGGGCCCGGCACGCAGUGCCCCCCGGACGACGCCCGCAGCUGCCAGCCCCACCACCCCCACGCCGGGUCCGGGCGGCGGCGCAGAGCGGUGCGAGCCCUGAGCAAGCUCGCCCGGCGCGUCCUGCAAACUUUGCGGGGGGCGCGGCAGAGGCGGCGGGAAAGCGCCGAGCCGGAGGACGACGAGGAGGGCGGCUUCAGGCGGCCUCCCGGGCCCGAGCGUGAGCGCGGCCAAGCGGGGGGCGGCGGGGGAGCGCGGCUCUCGGGCCCGCAGCCGGCGGCGGGCUCCGGGGACCCUCGCCCGCUCACGCCCGGCGCGCAGGGGCUCAAGAACCACGGCAACACGUGCUUCCUCAACGCCGUGGUGCAGUGCCUGAGCCACACCGAGCUGCUCGCCGCCUUCCUGCUGCUCGCCUUGCCCGACCAGCAAGGGCCACCACCACCACCCGGACCUGGAUCCGGCACCGCCGGCGAGGUCACCCGGCACUUGGCGGCGCUGGUGCGAGCGCUGUGGACCCUCGAGUACACGCCGCAGGUCUCCGCCGAUUUCAAGAAUGUUGUCUCUAAAUAUGGUGCUCAGUUUCGUGGAAACUCACAACAUGAUGCCCUGGAGUUCCUCCUCUGGCUGCUGGACCGCAUGCAUGAGGACCUGUGUUCUGCGUCUCUGAAUCAGAGAGGUAAAGCAUCUGGAAAGCCUCCACCUGGACAGGAAGACAGUAGUAGCAGUGGGAGUACCCAGCCAGCCAUCCAGCCUCUCAAGGGCCAGAGUUUCGUGCAGAAUCACUUCCAAGCACAAUACAGGUCCUCCUUGACCUGCCCACACUGCCUAAAGCAGAGCAACACCUUUGACCCUUUCCUGUGCAUCUCGCUGCCUAUCCCUCUGCGUCAAACCAGACCCCUGAAUGUCACUCUUGUCUUCCAAUCCAAAAGUCAGCGGUUUGUGCGUGUGGGCCUGGCCGUGCCUCUCUUCAGCAAGGUGGGAAAGCUGAGAGAAAUGGUGGCAGAUGAAGGCAAGAUUUCACCUGACCAGGUGAUCCUGGCCGAGUUGAACCAGUCUGGUUUCCGGUGUUCCUUCUCGGAUGCUGAAGACCUGACUACUAUCACCGAGGGCGACAACAUUUAUGCUUUUCAGACUCCACUGUCCUGUAACCGGGCCAGUUCUUCCCGCCCUUCAGGUUGUCCACACAGCCUCCCAUCUUCUCCAAAUUCUUCAGAACCAGAAGGCCAGCGGUUGACUCAUAAUGGGGCCAUCUCAUCAGAGUUUUUGCAAAAUGGUGGAGGUGGCAAAAUCCUGCUCCUUGUUUGUAAUGUGGCUGGGUCCGGGCAGGAGGGUGUGAGAUUUGGCCCUCCGCUGCUUAUGCGGGAAGACAGAGCCAUGUCAUGGGAGCAGCUCCAGCAGAGCAUUCUGGGCAAAAUGCGCUAUCUGAUGAGAAGAGAGGCCCAAGUUCAGGGCAUCAACAUUUCUGUUAAUGAAAUCCUCCCUUUCCUUGAUCUCAGGGAGAGUAGUAAUCCUUUCCUCCAGGCAAUGAACCUUUUCCUCAAAGAGCCUGACCACAUUACAGUGCUGUCAAGUGAAAUCUACCCUGUCCUCAGGAGAAAAAACGAACAGGGUGCAUCCCCUUCACAUGACUUAGGGGGACCCAACCUUUUUGAGCCUGCAGACACUCUUGAAAUUUUGAGAGAGGGUGUUUGCAGUUUGUUUGGCAGCAUCCAGGAGGAAGUGGUUGAGGAUGCAGACAGCGUGCGGCUAAAGCAGCAGCUCCAUCAGCAGCAGCACAGCUGCACUCUGGAUGAAUGCUUCCAGCUGUACACCAAGGAGGAACAGCUGGCCCCUGAUGAUGCCUGGCGCUGCCCCCACUGCCUGGUCCUUCAGCAAGGCACUGUGAAGCUCAGCCUGUGGACACUUCCUGAUAUCCUUGUCAUCCACCUGAAGCGCUUCCGGCAAGUGGGCGAACAGCGUCACAAGCUCACCACACUUGUGCACUUCCCUCUGCGGGGGCUUGACAUGGCUCCCCAUGUGGCGAAGCGCAGUCGUGGCAGCAAGUGGGGACCUUGGAAGCACAUCAACCCAGAAAGCAGCCCCAGUAACUUCCUUUAUGACCUCUAUGCUGUCUGCAAUCACCACGGCAGCCUGCAAGGCGGGCAUUAUACAGCCUACUGUCGGAAUGCCUUGGAUGGUCACUGGUACAGCUACGAUGACAGCACCGUGGAACCCGUCCUGGAGGAUGAUGUCAGCACACGAGCUGCCUACAUCCUCUUCUACCAGAGGCGCAGUGUGACUCCAGGCUGGUCUGGUGGAAGCUCUCUUAGAGGUUCUACUAGUUCCUCUGUUUCUGAACACUGGCUGGCCCGACUUGGGGGAAACAACAUGCGAGAGAGCUUGGUGUCCCGAAGCUCUGCUACAUAUCCAUCUCUGCCAAAAAUGCCUGACUCACCCUCCUCAUCACCACAGUCCGGGCAUCGUGGCACGCAGAAAAGUGGCUUUGAUUCCCGGCCUCUUGUGAGGGGUGUCCAGGGAAGAAGUGUCAGCCUGAAGGUAUCCCCCAGCAAGGUCAAACUGGGAGUCCCCAAGGCCUUGCCUCUUCGUUGGUCCUUUACCUCCAAAGACUGGCUAGUGGAGCCCUCUGGAGAGUUAGUAGAGUAUCUGGAAUCUGGCCGCAGACCUCGAUUCACUAACGAAUCCAUUGUACCUCUUAUGACCAAGGACGGGGAGGACAGUGAGCAGUCAGUCACCAAAGUCAAGCUGAAUCCUGUACUUACAGGAACAGGCAAUACUGAGAACACUGGCAAAGUAUCCAUUGCCCUGGAAAGCAGCAGCACUCUGAAGAGGGCAGGGAAGCCAAAGGAUGAUGUAGGUGAGCAGCCACGGACACCCAAGAAACUGGUGCUUUCUCUCAGCACCGUACCUUCAGCAGCAAAUGAGGAGCCCAAAGGCAAAGCAAGCAUCAAUGGGACCAUGCGCACCGGGACAAACAUGCCCUCCUCCAGUUAUCAAUCCAAGGGCAGAGGGCCCCAGGACCAAAAGACCAUGCCCUGUGCUGGGGACAGGGAGCCUGAGGGUGAAAGGCCGCCAGAGGGAAAGCUGGCUGUCUUCAAGGCAGGCUUCCUCCGAAGGGACCCCAAGCGCUACAGCGAGUCUGACCGACAUGGCUCAUUGACAAAGACCAUGGGCUCCUCCCGGGUAUCUCUACCCAAUGGCACUUUGAAUUCUGCCUCUGGAGGCAGGGCAAGCAGUGCGCUAGGCCGCAGCUCAACAGAAGGGCUGCCCAAUGGUCGGAUUUGCCGUUCUGAGUUGGACAUCAAGCGCGCUCAGAGCUCCUGCACCAGCAAAGGGAAGAGUGACUGGGUCUUGAGCAGGUCAACCUCCUUUGGUAAAACAACCAAUAGCGUCCCUUUGCAGGGUUAUUCACAACCACUAGCUUUAGAUGGGGUUUCCUGCGGCACCCUCCAGCGUGUGAGGUAUCAUACAGCAUCCCUGGGCAGGAGGAUAGCUGUACCAGAGUCCAGCUUCUGAACUUGCCUGUGCUUACGGCUGGAAGUACCAAAAGAGUGCCAAUCCUUGGUGCUUAUAGGGUCUUGGGGCCUUGGGGUAAGAUCUGUUAGUUGCUCAUAGGUUUGGCUGGUGCUUUUCUCAAGGGGAAGAGGCUUCUCCCAGUCAACAGCCAUCAUGUUCAAUGGGUGCUGAAUGACAUCUUUGCCUUGCCAGGGAACAGAACUGAAAUGGGGACCUUGUGAACCAUUGGAGUUAGAAUGAGAAAGAGAGAAAUCAUAUGGAAAAUAGUAAAGUAUUUAUUCUGUAUGGAGAAAUAGUUUUACUGAUGCUGAUGAGAGGAUGUGCUGUUCUGUGACAGCGAUUAUUUUGGUAUUUGGUUAUGGGGAAGGAAAUAAUAGGGGAAAAUCUAAACAUUGCUCUAUGCAAUAAUCUCAAUUUUUCUAUUUUGUCCUGACCUUUGGGUUUUACAGACUUAUUUGUUAUUAAAAAUGUCCCAAAUG